AUGUCACACGGCUAUGGCGGUGCGUGGCUCUGUCCUAAAGGCGUGGAAUGCAUGCUGGCCACGGUGAUCGCUAUUCGGCUCACGGCUGGUCGGCCGGUGACUCCUCGGGAUAGUUCAGCCCCGCUACCAUCGACACGCACCCGCAAGUUUCGCUCGCGCUGCGCCCGUGGAGCAGCUGCUGCACGCUCCAGUGCUCGCCGCUCGAUCUCCCCCCCUCCCCCCCCUACCAGCGACCGGGCCCCCGCGCCGCCCUUGCGAAAAAUCAUAAUGCAAUUGCCAGGACGCCCGGCGCGGAACGCUCCGCUGCGUGGUUCCACCGCCAGCACGCAACCAGUCCACACUCAAGUGCGUUCAAACUCACACGCCGUCCAUCACGAUGGAUUGGCCGCGUCGGUACUGAUUUCACCAGCGGUGCUCGGU